CGGCGCUGGUGUCUGAGGCGGCGGCUCCUCCGCCCCGCGCUGCCCCGGCCCCGCCGAGACCGAAAUGUGAAAUGAACAGCCAGGUACUGGCAGGUGUCCUUUAGAAGGUGAAGGAAGGGGAGCACAGGCUCUACAGGAGAGCUGUCCCUUUUUUCAAGCCAGAGAGCACAUCUGCCUUCCUGCUGGAGCAGCUGGUGUGAGAAGCUCUGACCAGAAGGAAUCCUCACUGGGAGCCCAGGCAGCACCAGACAGAAGCCGAAACUGCUGCGCUGCAGUAAGAAGGAUUCUCUCGUGCUGGGGCCUGGAGCCGAUGGCAAAGAAUGUCAACAACUAACAACAUAGCGCAGGCCCGGAAGCUGGUGGAGCAGCUCCGCAUCGAGGCCGGCAUCGAGAGGAUCAAGGUCUCGAAAGCAUCUUCUGAGCUCAUGAAUUACUGCGAGCAACAUGCCAGGAGUGACCCACUGCUGGUUGGAGUUCCUGCUUCUGAGAACCCCUUUAAGGACAAAAAGCCCUGCACCAUCCUAUAGCUCUCCUGCUCCAGCACGUGCCAUCUCUCAGGCAGGGCACCCUUCUCCAUCAGCUGAACCCAAGUGACAAACUUACAACUGCGCCGAGGGGUAAACACUAAAAUGGUGGAUUCAAAUAGAACUUAAAUCUCAAAAAGCAAACAAACAAAAACCAACCCAAAACUCAACAAAAAAACAAAACAAAACAAAAACAAAAUUGGAAGUGGUGUAGGGCAGGGUGUCUGCUCCUGGGCGGGUGCUGCACUGAGAGGGUCAAUAUUUUAAACCAGAAAAACAAAAAAAAAAGAAACAAACAACACAAACAGUGU